AUGGCUGACCCCACGCGCCUUGGAGUUUCCUACCUGCCAGGCUCAGGGAACGAGCUGACCGGCAGCACAGGGUGCUUCGUGUGGCCACAUCAUUACGGUGCAGUGUCUCCUUGGCCGUCCAGGGCGCCUCCCCGCCCAGCCCCUGGCGUCCCCCGGAAGCCCGGGCAGAGGCCUUGCCUGCGCCUUGCUCAAACCUCAGCAGAAGAGGAAGUUGACCCAGCGGCCGGCUCCUUUGAGGCCUUCCUGCACCGCAUCCGGCAGAACGCGGCGGACUCCGUGGAGAAGGGGCUCACGGAUGAGAACGUCAAGAUCCUCUUCUCCAACAUCGAGGACAUCCUGGAGGUGCACAAGGACUUCCUGUCCGCCCUGGAGUGCUGCCUGCACCCGGAGCCGCAGUCUCAGCACGAGCUGGGCAACGUGUUCCUCAGAUUCAAGGACAAGUUCUGCGUCUACGAGGAAUACUGCAGCAACCACGAGAAGGCCCUGCGGCUGCUGGUGGAGCUCAACAAGGCCCCCGCCGCCCGCGCCUUCCUCCUGAGCUGUAUGCUGCUGGGAGGCCGGAAGACCACGGACAUCCCCCUGGAGGGCUACCUGCUGUCUCCCAUCCAGCGGAUCUGCAAGUACCCGCUGCUGCUCAAGGAGCUGGCCAAGAGGACCCCGGGCAAGCACCCCGACCACCCGGCGGUGCAGAGCGCCCUGCAGGCCAUGAAGACUGUGUGCUCCAACAUCAACGAGACCAAGCGGCAGAUGGAGAAGCUGGAAGCCCUGGAGCAGCUGCAGUCCCACAUCGAGGGCUGGGAGGGCUCCAACCUCACAGACAACUGCACCCAGCUCCUCCUGCAGGGGACUUUGUUGAAAAUCUCUGCGGGUAACAUCCAGGAAAGGGCCUUCUUCCUGUUCGACAACCUCCUGGUCUACUGCAAGCGGAAGUCCAGGGUCACUGGGAGCAAGAAGUCCACCAAGAGGACCAAAUCCAUGAAUGGCUCCCUGUACAUCUUCAGGGGCCGGAUCAACACCGAGGUCAUGGAGGUGGAGAACGUGGAAGACGGGACAGCCGACUACCACAGCAACGGCUACACGGUCACCAAUGGCUGGAAGAUCCACAACACCGCCAAGAACAAGUGGUUCGUGUGCAUGGCCAAGACGGCCGAGGAGAAGCAGAAGUGGCUGGACGCCAUCAUCCGCGAGCGGGAGCAGCGCGAGAGCCUGAAGCUGGGCAUGGAGCGCGACGCCUACGUCAUGAUCGCGGAGAAGGGGGAGAAGCUGUACCACCUCAUGAUGAGCAAGAAGGUGAACCUCAUCAAGGACCGGCGCCGGAAGCUGAGCACCGUGCCCAAGUGCUUCCUGGGCAAAGCUUGGGGUUCGGAGGUUGGGCCUAGCAGGAUUUGCAGGGAUCACAGCAUCCAGGGUGACUUUGAGGCUGUGUGGCGGAGACCCCCGGGCCCCCCACAGGCGGAGCCAGACAGGUGGUCUGGGCCCCUCCUCCGCAGGUGCCUGGCCUGCGGGAGGUCUCCGGUGGCCCUGCACUGCAGGGGACCUGCGUUCCUCGUCUGCGCACUGGGGAAGUGGGGCCAGCCAGCCCACUGGGCACGGGUGGGGGCGGGGGGUGUGCCCGGCCUCACUGGCCCCUGGUUCCCUCCAGUUUCUGACAAGCACCAGUUCAAGAACGAGCAGGUGAUGUACCGUUUCCGCUAUGACGAUGGCACAUACAAGGCCCGGAGUGAGUUGGAGGACAUCAUGUCCAAGGGUGUGAGGCUGUACUGCCGCCUCCACAGCCUCUACACCCCGGUGAUCAAAGACCGUGACUACCACCUGAAGACCUACAAGUCCGUGCUGCCCGGGAGCAAGCUGGUCGACUGGCUGCUGGCCCAGGGAGACUGCCAGACGCGAGAGGAGGCCGUGGCGCUCGGCGUGGGCCUGUGCAACAACGGCUUCAUGCACCACGUGCUGGAGAAGAGCGAGUUCAAGGACGAGUCCCAGUACUUCCGCUUCCACGCUGACGAGGAGAUGGAGGGGACCAACAGCAAGAACAGACAGCUUCGAAAUGACUUCAAGCUGGUGGAGAACAUCCUGGCCAAGAGGCUGCUGAUCCUGCCCCAGGAGGAGGACUACGGCUUCGACAUCGAGGAGAAGAACAAGGCCGUGGUGGUGAAGUCGGUCCAGAGGGGCUCGCUGGCCGAGAUGGCCGGCCUGCAGGUGGGCAGGAGGAUCUACUCCAUCAACGAGGACCUGGUGUUCCUGCGGCCCUUCUCGGAGGUGGAGUCCCUCCUCAACCAGUGCUUCUGCUCCCGCCGCCCCCUGCGCCUCCUGGUGGCCACCAAGGCCAAAGAGACCAUCAAAGUCCCCGACCACCCAGAGGCCCUGUGCUUCCAGAUCCGAGGAGCCGCCCCGCCCUAUGUCUUCGCCGUGGGGAGAGGCUCCGAGGCCGCGGCUGCCGGACUGUGUGCCGGCCAGUGUGUCCUGAAGGUCAACGGCAACAGCGUGGCCAGCGAGGGUGCCCAGGAGGUCCUGGAGCACUUCCAGGCGUUCCGGAGUCGUGGAGAGGAGGCUCUGGGCCUCUACCACUGGAUCUACCACACCCACGAGGACGCCCAGGAGGCGCGAGCCAGCCAGGAGACCCCCGGAGAGGACCCGGGGGCCCAGGAGGACGACCAGCCAGACUCUGCCUGGCCCCUGCUGUCCCUGGGCCCACAGCUGAGCCUGCGCGAGGACGGGCCGGUGGUCAGCCUGACGGUGGACAACGUGAGCCUGGAGCACGGUGUGGUGUACGAGUACGUGAGCACGGCCGGCGUCAAGUGCCACGUGCUGGAGAGGAUCGUGGAGCCCCGCGGCUGCUUCGGCCUCGCCGCCAAGGUCCUGGAGGCCUUCGUGGCGGAGGACAGCACCUUCGUGCAGAACUGCGGACGGCUCAUGGCCAGGAGCAGCGCCAUCGUGACCAUGUCCCACUUCGAGUUUCGCAACAUCUGUGACACCAAGCUGGAGAGCAUCGGCCGGAGGAUCGCCUGCUACCAGAAGUUUGCAGCUCAGCUGAGGAGCCGGGUCAGCCCGGCCUUCAAGCAGGCAGCCCUGGAGCCCCACCCCCUGUGCGGCCUGGACUUCUGCCCCACCAACUGCCACGUCAACCUCAUGGAGGUGUCCUACCCCAAGACCACCCCCUCGGUUGGCAGGUCCUUCAGCAUUCGCUUCGGUCGCAAGCCCUCCCUCAUCGGCCUUGACCCUGAGCAAGGCCACCUGAACCCCAUGUCCUACACCCAGCACUGCAUCACCACCAUGGCCGCCCCGUCCUGGAAGUGCCUGCCUGCUGUGGACGGGGACCCCGACGGCCAGGCCCUCAACGACAGCCUCGGGCCCCCCAGCGGGGCCCUGGGCCAGGAGGACCGGGGCCUGAGCUUCCUGCUGAAGCAGGAGGACCGUGAGGUGCAGGACGCCUACCUGCAGCUCUUCACCAAGCUGGAUGUGGCCCUCAAGGAGAUGAAGCAGUACGUCACCCAGAUCAACAGGCUGCUGUCCACCAUCACGGAGCCCACCCCUGGCGGGGCCUGUGACCCGCCCCUGGCUGAGGAGGCCUCCUCCUCCUCACUGGUCAGCGAGGAGAGCGAGAUGGACAGGACUGACCAUGGGGGCAUCAAGAAAGUGUGCUUCAAGGUGUCCGAGGAAGACCAGGAGGACUCGGGCCACGAUACCAUGAGCUACCGUGACUCCUACAGCGAGUGCAACAGCAACCGGGACUCGGUCCUGUCCUACACCAGCGUGAGAAGCAACAGCUCCUACCUGGGCAGCGACGAGAUGGGGUCCGGGGACGAGCUGCCCUGUGACAUGCGCAUCCCAUCAGACAAGCAGGACAAGCUCCAUGGCUGCCUGGAGCACCUCUUCAACCAGGUGGACGCCAUCAACACGCUGCUCAAGGGGCCGGUGAUGGGCAGGGCGUUCGAGGAGACCAGGCACUUCCCCAUGGAGCACAGUCUCCAAGAGUUCAAACAGAAAGAAGAGUGUAUGGUCCGUGGCCGGAGCUUGAUCCAGAUCAGCAUCCAGGAGGACCCCUGGAACCUGCCCAGCUCCAUCAAGACCCUGGUGGACAACAUCCAGAGAUACGUGGAAGAUGGGAAGAACCAGCUGCUCCUGGCCUUGCUGAAGUGCACAGACACUGAGCUGCAGCUGCGCAGGGACGCCAUCUUCUGCCAGGCCCUGGUGGCCGCGGUGUGCACCUUCUCAGAGCAGCUGCUGGCGGCCCUCAGCUACCGCUACAACAACAACGGCGAGUACGAGGAGAGCAGCCGGGACGCCAGCCGCAAGUGGCUGGAGCAGGUGGCCGCCACCGGGGUUCUGCUGCACUGCCAGUCCCUGCUGGCGCCAGCCGCAGUGAAGGAGGAGCGCACCAUGCUGGAGGACAUCUGGGUGACCCUGUCGGAGCUGGACAACGUCAGCUUCUCCUUCAAGCAGCUGGAUGAGAACUACGUGGCCAACACCAACGUCUCUUACCACAUCGAGGGCGGCCGGCAGGCGCUGAGGGUGGUCUUCUGCCUCGACAGCUACCACUUCUCCAAGCUGCCCUCCCGCCUGGAGAGCGGGGCCAGCCUCCGCCUGCACACCGUGCUUUUCACGAAAGCCCUGGAGAACGUGGAGGGGCCGUCUCCUGCGGGCAGCCAGGCAGCAGAGGACCUGCAGCAGGAAGUCAAUGCCCAGUCCCUGGAGAAGGUCCAGCAGUACUACCGCAAGCUCAGGGCGUUUUACCUGGAGCGGUCUAACCUGCCCACGGACGCCAGCACCACGGCCGUGAAGAUAGACCAGCUGAUCCGCCCCAUCAACGCCCUGGACGAGCUCUGCCGCCUCAUGAAGUCCUUGGUGCACCCCAAACCUGGGGCCGGCGGGAGCUUCGGUGCCAGCCUCAUCCCCGUCUCCUCGGAGCUCUGCUACCGCCUGGGGGCCUGUCAGAUGGCCCUGUGCGGCACCGGCAUGCAGAGGAGCACCCUGAGCGUGUCCCUGGAGCAGGCGGCUAUCCUGGCGCGGAGCCAUGGGCUGCUGCCCAAGUGCAUCAUGCAGGCGACGGACAUCAUGCGGAAGCAGGGCCCCAGAGUAGAGAUUCUGGCCAAAAACCUCCGAGUCAAGGAUCAGAUGCCCCAGGGCGCUCCGCGCCUCUACCGCCUCUGCCAACCUCCAGUGGACGGAGACCUCUGAACACCACGGGUCACCGCUCAGCUGCACCCACGGAGCCACGGAGUGAGGGGACCCAGCAGGCCAUGCCACAGGCAGCAAAAAAUGGCCCGAGGCUCCUGCCCAGCUGUCCCUGGCCAGCCCCCUGCACUGCUGCGAGGACAGGGCCCACUCAGCCAUGACUGCCCACCACCCUGGGCCGCACAUUCUCCACCCUGGGCACCGGGCUCCAGGGCUUGUGGAGCUCACAGUGCAGCCAGGCUCCGGACUCCAUCCCAGUCCUAGGGACAGUGUCAAGGUGCUGCCCUGGGAGGCCUGUGGACAGCUCCCUGGGGAUGGCGCCACUGCACUUUGAACCAGACCACAUCCCAGGGCCCGUGCCGUCUUCGCCCGAGCUUCCCGCGCACCCCUAACCUUACUAACCAGCUCGGUGGACUCAGGGCACCUGGCCUCGGCCAGGAAGGAGAGAAGGACAGGCGUAGCUCCUGCCACUGGAGGACACGCAAGAGCCACACCAGCUAAUGACGUCACUCACCGCCAUCGGAACUGGAGCCGCCAGCCCUGGGCCGAGACGCACUCGGACUUAUUUAUAUGGCGUGACGUCUCUGGUGUUUUAUUUUAUUUUUUGUUGUCGUUGCCGUCUUCGAGAUUUUUCUAAGGUUGUAUAAUUAUAUAUUUGACAUUUUAAGUUUCAAAGAAAGGCAUAUUGUCUAACAGGGACCAAUGUGAGGUAGUAUUGCAGUUUUACCCAGUUCUACUAAAAAAGAAAAACUAAAUUAUUGAAAAGUUUAAGAACA